GUGACAAAAACCCCAGUUUUAUAGGUACGGUCCUGGUACAAUGCGCUGAGCCAGCCGUUCAGUCCGUGUAACUUCCAGCUCGAGGCUCACUCAGCCUUGACAAGCGGCUAUCCCGGUUUUCCAGAGCCACUAGACGCAACGUCCCUGAGAAGGGUUGCAUCGGGCCGCCUCCGGAACGUGCUCCUUUGGAGGGCAGUUUCCGCCUGGGUGGUUACACCGGGGGCGCUACCACGUUGCGACUUCAACGGCAGCUAGAAUUCCAGGUCAUGACAACGGAUGGAGAUGCCAGACCGUGGUAAACUUUUGAGAUGGCGUCCACCCAUCGGCACUGAUCCGACGUCGACCCAGAUAGAGCCUUGUUACAAUGUAUGCAUGGCGCAUGGCACUAAGGCAACGGACAAUGGCCGCAUAUUGCUGCCGUCUGCGGGAUGGCAAUCACAUGGCUCCCUAAUCAACACAUUACGAGAGUUUGGACGGAGGCAUCUUAGGGCGAUAAGGGCCCCGCGAAUCAUACAGGUCAACCCCAAGAUCUCGAUCUCGACAGCAAAACAGCCAUUUUAUCAACGGGAAAACGGUGCGAGGUUGUACUGUAUCCGUACUUCGACCGAAUCGCUGGAACUCAAGCGGCGAACACAUCCAGGCCACCGACCUUGCUCGUCAUCCACGAUACAGAUUAUGCCCGGGGCUGCACCAAUGAUCAGUACAUCAGAUGGAUUCUUGUUUUCUCUAAUUCUCCAUAUACUUCAGAGUACAGUACGGAUACGAAGAGCGCAUUUACGGUCUAGAAACCGAGUUCCUGGGAGUCGUCCCCCUGCUUGGCGUCAGGGUGCAACGAGACCCGGGCUGAUCGAAUCCACACCUCCUGCUUUCACACUCCACUUGACCGAGCUCGCCCUUGUCCUCCGCCUUAUGCAAUAACGCCGCGUGCUACAUGCCUUGGCUGGCUCUAAACGAUGCUGGCGCUCACACGGUCCGCUCCUCCCGAUAUGGCUAUUUGCACCCGAGGGCAAUAAUCAAAAAGGGGGCUACGGACAACGUGAACAAGCUGUCAAGUGACGCAACUGCCUCGAUUGCUCGCAGCCACACUCCCGGUCAGAUC